UACACAUUGACGAGGGUCGCCGUAAAACCUCUGCUUCUUCUGCUCCAGAAAAACCCUAAUCAGCUUCUUGUCUCCAAAAAAUUCAAAACCAAGUAACAUCUCUGAGUGCUAUAUCAACGACGAUGUAUCUUCAGUGCUAUAUCAACGAGAAGGGUGACAAGGUUUACACCACUAAGAAGGAAUCACCACUAGGUCUAGCCACUGAAUCUGCCCAUCCAGCCCGGUUCUCCCCUGAUGAUAAAUACUCAAAGCAGAGAGUAUUGUUGAAGAAGCGAUUUGGUCUCUUACCGACCCAGAACGCACCUGUCAAGUACUGAUGAAAGCUAAGAAGCAAAUCACUUGCUUUGUGUUGGUUUUGAUUUUCUUUUUUAAUUUGCUAUGUUGUCUCUUAAUGAAAUGUCGACUUAAACCUUCUUUGUAAUGGCGCAAGUAAUGGAAUCAUAAUGUCUUCAAAUAGUAUGAGUUAAGACCAAUUUUUACCUA